AUGGGCGCGGCGACAUCCACGACCGAGGGCGCGGCGCUCGCGGCGUCCGCGCCCGCGGCGCAGCGGCCGACGUUCGUGGACGCCCCCGCGACGACGACGGAGGAGGCGGGAUCCGAAAACGGCGCGUCGCGAAUUCUGUGGACGCCGGAAUACCACCCGGAGUCCAUCGUCCCUCCCACGAGCGGCGUCGGCCAGGGCACGCUCACGGUCCGCCAGACCGCGAUCUCGACCGCGAUGAUCAUGGAGGACCAGCCGAUGACCCGCAAGACGAACAUCGUCUGCACGAUGGGACCGAAGUGCUGGGACGAGGAGACGCUCGGGAAGCUCAUCGACGCGGGCAUGGGCGUCGCGCGGUUCAACUUCUCGCACGGCGACCACGCCGCGCAUCAGGAGGUGCUCGACCGCGUGCGCAAGGUUGUGAAGGAGAAGGGCGCGAACGUCGCGGUGCUCUUGGACACGAAAGGCCCGGAGAUUCGCACAGCGAUGCUGAAAGACCACGAGCCGAUCGAGCUCGAGGCUGGCCAGCCCAUCAUCGUCUACGCCGCCGGCCCGGAGGAGUACCUCACGUACGAAGGGUACAAGAACGAGACGGAGACGAAGAUCGGGUGCUCGUACGCCAAGCUGUGCGAGAGCUUGAAGCCCGGGAACAAGAUGCUGUUCGCGGACGGCUCGCUCGUGAUCGAGGUGACCGAGAUUCUCGACGAGAGGAACCUCAAGGGGAAGGUUCUCAACAACAAGAAGCUCGGCGAGCGCAAGAACGGGAACCUCCCGGGCGUCAAGGUUGAUCUCGACGUCCUGCAACCGAAGGACGUCGACGACAUCAAGAACUUCUGCUGCGUGAACAAGAUGGACUACGUCGCGGUUUCCUUCGUGCAAACCGGCGAGGACGUCAAGUACGUGCGAGAGAUUCUGGACGAGAACGGCGGCGAGAACGUCCAGAUCAUCUGCAAGAUCGAGAACGAAGAGGGCAUGCGCAACUUCGACGACAUCCUGAAGUACACCGACGGCAUCAUGGUCGCGAGAGGCGACCUCGGCAUGGAGAUCCCCUCCGAGAAGGUGCCGCUCGCGCAGAAGAUGAUGAUCACGAAGUGUAACAUCGCGGGCAAGUUCGUCAUCUGCGCGACGCAGAUGCUCGAGUCCAUGUGCGAGAACCCGCUCCCGACGAGAGCGGAGAUGACCGACGUCGCAAACGCGGUGUUCGACGGCGCGGACGCGACGAUGCUCUCGGGCGAGACCGCGAACGGCGCGUUCCCGGACAAGGCUGUCGAGACGAUGGCGGCGAUCGUCAAGAAUGCCGAACUCGGCAUCGAUUACUGGGCGCAGUACAACUUCCUCUCCCGCAUGAACGCCGGGGCCGGGCGCAUCUCAUCCCUGGAAGCCUCCAUCGCGUCAGUCGCGAAAACCUCCGUGGAGUACUCCGCGGACGCGAACGGCGACGGCGUCAUCUCCGCCGAGGAGGGCACCGACAUCAUCGUCAUCACCGAGGACGGCGUCGCGUCGGAUCUACUCUCGAAGUACCGCCCGCCGUGCCCGAUCUUCGUCGUGACGAACAACCCGUACGUCGCGCAUCGCACGCAGACGCGCUGGUCGCAGUUCGCGUGCCUCGUCGAGGGCGAGCUCACGCUCGAGGUGGCCGCGAAAGCCGCGAGCGACGUCGCGCACGCGCGGUACAUCCCGUUCGACGACCGAAGAAUCCUCAUGGUGACGUCCCCGGAGCACGGCCCGGUGAAGACGCACGCCAUCUCGCACACGGUGACGAUCCACGAGGGUAUCGCGUCCAACUCGAAGACUGAUCCGCUGCCGACGUCGUACGUGGACCCGGGGAACCUUCACAUGACCAUCUCGCAGCGCGCGUCGGACAUCUCCCUCGAUCAAAUUUUGAAGCCGAACAAGGGGUACCGCAAGACGAACAUCGUGUGCACGAUGGGCCCGAAGUGCUGGUCCCUGGACGGCAUGCGCGAGCUCCUGCGCGCGGGCAUGGGCGUCGCGCGUUUCAACUUCUCGCACGGCGACCACGCCGCGCAUCAGGAGGUGUUGGACCGGUUCCACGAGGCGUGCGCGCUCGAGGGCGCGGCGAUGAAAGAGAGGCUCCAUAUCGACUUCACCCCGAACUGGGCGUGCCUUUUGGACACGAAAGGCCCGGAGAUUCGCACCGCGAUGCUGAAAGACCACGAGCCGAUCGUUCUCGAGGCUGGCCAGCCCAUCACCGUCGAGGCCGUCGGGGACAAGUACACCGAGUUCGAGGGGUACAAGACGGACGAGGAGACGCGCAUCGGGCUGUCUUACGCGCGGCUGUGCCAGAGCGUCAAGCCCGGGGGAACGAUUCUCAUCGCGGACGGCUCUAUCUCUAUUCGCGUCGACUCCAUCGAGUCCGACACCGUGCUCAAGGGCACGGUGAUGAACACGAAGAAGCUCGGCGAGCGCAAAAACUGCAACCUCCCCGGCGUCAAGGUGGACAUCCCGGUGCUCACGGCGAAGGACAUCGACGACGUGCAGAACUUCUGCUGCAAGAACAAGAUGGACUUCGUCGCGGUUUCCUUCGUGCAAACCGGCGAGGACGUGCAGUUCGUUCGUAAGACGCUGGACGACGCCGGUGGGCAACACGUUCGCAUCAUCUGCAAGAUUGAGAACGAAGAGGGCAUGCGCAACUUCGACGACAUCCUGAAGUACACCGACGGCGUGAUGGUCGCGCGCGGCGACCUCGGCAUGGAGAUCCCGUCCGAGAAGGUCUGCCUCGCGCAGAAGUUGAUGAUGACUAAGUGUAACAUCGCGGGCAAGUUCGUCAUCUGCGCGACGCAGAUGCUCGAGUCCAUGUGCGAUAACCCCUUGCCGACGAGAGCGGAGAUGCUCGACGUCGCGAACGCGGUGUUUGACGGCGCGGACGCGACGAUGCUCUCGGGAGAGACCGCGAACGGCGCGUUCCCGGACAAGGCUGUCGCGACGAUGGCGGCGAUCGUCCGCAACGCCGAGGAAGGCCUCGAAGGCGACACGACGUGGUCCAACGUCUGGAACAACACCCCAAAGCCGGUCACCCCCCUCGAGGCCGUCGCGUCCUCCGCGGUGAACAAAGAGAAGGGCACGAACUGCGGCGUGCUUCUCGACACGAAAGGCCCAGAGAUUCGCACCGCGAUGCUGAAAGACCACGAGCCGAUCGAGCUCGAGGCCGGGCAGGACAUCAUCGUCUACGCCGCCGGCCCGGAGGAGUACCUCACGUACGAGGGGUACAAGAACGAGACGGAGACGAAGAUCGGGUGCUCGUACGCCAAGCUGUGCGAGAGUGUGCACCCAGGAAAUAAGCUACUUUUCGCGGACGGCUCCGUCGUGAUCGAGGUGACCGAGAUUCUCGACGAGAGGAACCUCAAGGGGAAGGUUCUCAACAACAAGAAGCUCGGCGAGCGCAAGAACGGGAACCUCCCCGGCGUCAAGGUCGAUCUCGACGUCCUGCAACCGAAGGACGUCGACGACAUCAAGAACUUCUGCUGCAAGAACAAGAUGGACUACGUCGCGGUUUCCUUCGUGCAAACCGGCGAGGACGUCAAGUACGUUCGCUCCAUCCUCGACGAGAACGGCGGCGAGAACGUCCAGAUCAUCUGCAAGAUCGAGAACGAAGAGGGCAUGCGCAACUUCGACGACAUCCUGAAGUACACCGACGGCAUCAUGGUCGCGAGAGGCGACCUCGGCAUGGAGAUCCCCUCCGAGAAGGUUGCCCUCGCGCAGAAGAUGAUGAUCACGAAGUGUAACAUCGCGGGCAAGUUCGUCAUCUGCGCGACGCAGAUGCUCGAGUCCAUGUGCGAGAACCCGCUUCCCACGCGCGGUGAGAUGACCGACGUCGCGAACGCGGUGUUCGACGGCGCGGACGCGACGAUGCUCUCGGGCGAGACCGCGAACGGCGCGUUCCCGGACAAGGCUGUCGCGACGAUGGCGGCGAUCGUCCGCAACGCGGAGGAAGGCGUCAACAGAACCCAAGUCUGGAACUUCAUCCGCGACUUCACCCCCGCGCCGGUGUCCUCCAUCGAAGCCGUAACGUCCUGCGCCGCGAAAGUGUGCAUCGACAUCCCGGAGAUCUCCUGCAUCGUGUGCUUCUCGCGAGGCGGGUUCCGAGGCAACCUCGUGUCAAAGUACCGUCCGGCUGUGCCCAUCGUCGUCGUGACGUCCUCCGCGGCGUCCGCUGUGCACACGAACGCGGAGUACGGUCAGUACGCGUACCUCAUCUCCGAGCCCGGGACGCCGGAGACGGAGAGCGGCAUCCUCGCGGACGCGCUGAAGUUUGCCGUGGACGAGGGCCUCGCCAAGCCGGGGACGCCGGUCGCCGUCAUCAGCGGCACCUCGGCGCGGGAUAAGCGAACGAUUCCAAAGUUUGGUCUCACGCGCGCGCCGGGGGUAUACGUCCCGCCGGUCAUCGGCCGCGUGUCCGAGACGAAGACGACGUCGCUUCGCGCGACCGCGGUGUCUCUGGACGAGAUCCUGUCCCCGGUGCACCCGGUGCGGAAGACGAAGAUCGUGUGCACGAUGGGGCCGCAGUGCUGGGGCGAGGAGACCGUCGCGAAAUUGUUGGACGCCGGGAUGACGACGGCGCGGUUCAACUUUUCGCACGGCGACCACGCCGGGCAUCAGGAGGUGCUCGACCGCGUGCGCAAGGUUGUAGAGGAGAAGGGCGCGACGUGCGCGAUGCUUCUGGACACGAAAGGCCCGGAGAUUCGCACCGCGAUGCUGAAAGACCACGAGCCGAUCGUUCUCGAGGCUGGCCAGCCCAUCACCGUCGAGGCCGUCGGGGACAAGUACACCGAGUUCGAGGGGUACAAGACGGACGAGGAGACGCGCAUCGGGCUGUCUUACGCGCGGCUGUGCCAGAGCGUGCACGCUGGAAACACGAUCCUCAUCGCGGACGGCUCUAUCUCUAUUCGCGUCGACUCCAUCGAGUCCGACACCGUGCUCAAGGGCACGGUGAUGAACACGAAGAAGCUCGGCGAGCGCAAAAACUGCAACCUCCCCGGCGUCAAGGUGGACAUCCCGGUGCUCACGGCGAAGGACAUCGACGACGUGCAGAACUUCUGCUGCAAGAACAAGAUGGACUACAUCGCCGCGUCGUUCGUGCAAACCGGCGAGGACGUGCAGCUCAUUCGCAAGACGCUGGACGACGCCGGUGGGCAACACGUCCAGAUCAUCUGCAAGAUUGAAAACGAAGAAGGUCUCGCGAACAUCGACGACAUCCUGACGUACACCGACGGCAUCAUGGUCGCGCGCGGCGACCUCGGCAUGGAGAUCCCGUCCGAGAAGGUUGCCCUCGCGCAGAAGAUGCUCAUCACGAAAGCGAACGUCGCCGGGCGGUUCGUCAUCUGCGCGACGCAGAUGCUCGAGUCCAUGUGCACGAACCCGCUCCCGACGAGAGCGGAGAUGACCGACGUCGCAAACGCGGUGUUCGACGGCGCGGACGCGACGAUGCUCUCGGGCGAGACCGCGAACGGCGCGUUCCCGGACAAGGCUGUCGAGACGAUGGCGGCGAUCACCGCGAACGCGGAGCUCGCGAAGACGACGCGCGCGACGGUGUCGUUCCUUCGCGACUUCACGAAGCGCCCGUUUACGACGAUGGAAUCCGCGGCGUCCGACGCCUCCGCCGGGGCGAUCGACGCGCGCGCGGAGCUCAUCAUCGUCGUCUCCGCCGGCGGCGUCGCGUCUCGGGCGAUCAGCAAGUACCAGCCCCCGGUCCCGGUGCUCGUCGUGACCGCGGACGCGGCGGUCGCGCGACAGACGGGCGCGAAGUACGCGCAGUAUCCGAUGCUCGUCGAGGAUUUAUCCGCGGAGCAGUGGACCGCGGGACGGGACUCGAUCGCGGCGAAAAAAGCGCGGGAGAUGGGGUUGAUGUCCGGGAAGUGGAACCUGGAGGAAGGCACGGGGAACAUCGUCGUCGUGUGCGGGCCGGACGGCGGCGACGCGGACGAGACCCCGGUCGUGCAGUUCUACUGA